GCGGCCGGGCACUGGUGCAAAGCGGGAGCUUCCAGAAAGGAUCCCACGGAUGGAGCUGGUGGCCUCCGCUGCCCACCAGGGCACUACUGUCUUGAGGGGGCCCCAGUCCCAGCCCCGUGCCCACCUGGAACUUGGUCUUCAGAAGGAACCAGAGCCCCGGAAGGAUGCCAGCAGUGCUCUGUAGGACAACUCUGCCCUGGGGGCCUCCUACUAACCUGGCCAACACCCUGCUUCCUAGGUGUCCCCUGCACUGGGGGAACGGCCCCUGCUAUCCUCAUGGAGAGUCUUUCUGGGAGAUCUUGCCUUCCUGGCCACUUCUGUCCUUGGGGAAUGGUAGACAUCACUCCAUGCCCUCCCGGCUCUUUCGCUUCCCAUGCUGCUGCAACAGAAUGUCUCAUCUGUCCAAGUGGUCGCUACUGUGUUCCAGGGAUGAGGCCGCAGCUGUGUCCCAGAGGCUUCUACUGUUCUGAAGGCACUGGUCUGGAUUGGCAACCCUGUCCCCCAGGCACCUAUGGCUAUGAACCAGGGCUGAACAGCCUGGCAGAGUGCCGGGCUUGCGAUGGGGGCAGGUUUUGUCCCAGGGCCAAUGCCACAAAGGCUGGAGGGCAGUGCUGGGAGGGCUUCUUCUGCACCAGAGGCUCAACACGACCCAACCCAGAGGCUGGCACUGAAGAAAAUGCUGGUCCUUGUCCCCCUGGACACUACUGCCCUAGAGGUUCAGCCCUGCCUCAGCCCUGCCCACCUGGCACCUUUGGACCGUGGACUAAGCUUGGCUCAGAGGCUGCUUGCUCUCCGUGUCUGCCUGGCCAUUACUGUGCCUCUGCAGGCCUGGCCCACCCUUCUGGGCCCUGCAGUGAAGGCUUCUUCUGCCUCCAGGGAGCCCUUGUCCCCAACAACUCGCUGGAGGAUGGGACCAGUGGCCCAUGUCCUGCAGGACACUUUUGCCCAUCAGGCACUGUCUCACCAAAGCCAUGCCCAGCUGGUACCCACAACGCCCUGGUUGCUCAAGGCCGCUGUGAACCCUGCCCACAGGGUUUCUUCUGCCCAGCCAACACCUCUUCGGUGGCAGGGAACGAGUGUCCUGCUGGCCAUUACUGCCCAGCCUCCACCACCUUUGCCUCUCAGUUCCCUUGUCCCCGGGGCACGUACAAGCCACAGAGAGGGGGAGUCCAUCGGUCAGACUGCAGCCCCUGUGAACCAGGGUCCUACUGUCUCCUGCCUGGGUUGGUUACCCCAUCAGGGCUCUGUAGUGCUGGGUUCUACUGCAAUCGUGGAGCAUCUGUCCCGAAUCCCACUGAUGGGAUUACAGGAGACCUCUGUCCUGCAGGCCACUUCUGUCCCCAGGGAACCCCCCAUCCUGUUCCAUGUGCCCCUGGCUCCCUCCUGACCAUGCCAGGUGCUACUUCUGUGAAGGACUGCCAACCAUGCCCAGCUGGCUGGUUCUGCUCCCAGGCUGGCCUGAGCUCCCCAGAGGCCCUGUGUGAAGGGGGUUGGUACUGCCCUCAGGCCUCUGUCUCUGGACACAGUCCAGAUACCAUUUGCCCUCUGGGGCACUCUUGCCCCCCUGGCAGCCUAGAGCCUCGAGCCUGCCCCCCUGGGCAGUAUCAAGAUGAACCUGGACAGAGCUUCUGCAAGAUGUGCCCUGCUGGGAAGUUCUGUCCCUCAGGGAUUUUGGAGUCAGGAACUAGAACUGUGAUGCCAGUGGACUGUCCUGCUGGCUACUACUGUCCUUUGGGUACCCAGCACCCCACCCAGCACCCGUGUCCCGGGGGAACCUUCCGAGAGAGGCCUGGAGCACAAAGCGCCAAGGACUGCAGACCCUGUCCUGCAGGCCAAUUCUGCGCUGACUCAGAUGCCUGUCUCAUCUAUAUCACAAACUUCACGGCACAAGGUACUGUCAGAAGGUAAGUAGCAGGUGGAUGCAGCCCCAAAGGAAGGGGACCCCAAAGAACACUGGUGAGUGAUGCCAGAAUCAGACUGGGGAC